AUGAUCUCUCAACUUGUCCUCACAAACCCCAUUUCAUCGCCACCUUCCCCCUCAAAUAUAGCUCUUGGUCCUAAUAAAAAUUCCAGCAAGUACCUUGGGACCCCAUCUAGCUACUCAAAGACUGUCUUCUGGAACAGGAGGCAUAUGAUGAAUUACUCGAAGAACGCGAUCUUUCAAAACAGAAUGACCGAUAAAAGAUUUCCAUCUUACGCAUCAGGUCCUGAGCGCCUCGACCCCGGCCAUUAUUUGAAAUCCAAGCAAGAUUCAACGAGGACGCCGUCACUGAGUUCUUCAAUAUCAACGGCUUCCAGUGAUUCUGAGCUCCUGGAACCCCCCGGAGCGGACGCCACCAAAGCUCAACACAUAGUCUUGUAUCGCUCAACGAACUCAAAGGGUUGCUUUUUUCCAAAAGCAUUAAGUUUUUGCGCUUCAUCUCUCGUGAAAUCUAACGAGACAUUUGGCGAAAUAUCGGAUUCAAGAAACGACGCGUUGCCUAUGAUUGUCUUGACUCCGCCUGACGAUGAAGAUGACUACUGCACGGUCUCCCCCUUCAUCUUGGAGCUCUUUUGUCCCUACACCACAGACAGUGUUGUACAUCACCAGAAUCUUCGGGUACCCACCGUCCCAACGUCCAAGGGUAUCGAAUCAAAUUCAAAGCGGAGGAAAUAUCCGCACCCAGCGGGGCCUUGGCUAAGGCCUCAACAUACGGCCAACCUACGUACUUGCGGACGAAGCGCGGUCUCUUCAUCACCUUUGACCAAUAAGCGAUUGACGUGGCGAUGGGAAGAUGGCUGUCGGACUGCCCAGGGCACUGUUGUUGGAUGGGAAGCCACGGUUUCGUACUUCAUCAAGCAGUACAAUUCACAAAACAAGUUGAAGAAAGCCGCCACCAAACACGGCGAAAGUCCGCUUCCAAAGAAGAUCAUAUUUCCAGCUGUCUUCAUGUUCCCACCACCUCGUCUUCCUAAUGAGAAAGAAAUUCAACAGCGCCAGUUGCAAUUCACCAUCGAGCAGAGCUUGAGGCUAGGUCGUAAAGUCAAUCGGAAGCGCCAGAAUCGACAUCCGAGUUUCCAUCACAAAGCUUCACAGUCAACUGGUGAUCUCAAUUAGACGUCCCAACCAUUCGUAAAUAAAACUUCGCAU